UGCAAAAUGGCUCUGGUUUUGAGGAAAGUCGUUCGAGGUCAACGGCUCAUUGGCCAUCAGACUUCUUUUGCAUACAGGUCAUUAAUUAGAUCUUUCCUUGUCCAUAUUACCCAUUUCUUUCCGUCGCGGCAUACAGGAAUCAUACUAGUUUACACUAGUUGUACUAUUAAUGUCCCUCUUUUCUUCAGAGGAACUGGAUGCACUCUACAACAAGGUCCAGAAUGUAGCGUCAAGGAAACCGGUUUCACGAGGGGAUGAGAGAAGGGGAGUCCAGAAAGGUACUCCUCCAAGACGAGCAGACUCGUCCACUGACGAGUCGGACUCUGACACAACAUCUUCUUCCGACCCGGAGGCCACUCCUCGACCAAGUUUUUCGCGUGCAAACUUGAGGCCAGGGCAUAAGGUCCCAAAACCACAGCUUUCCUCAGGGUCCUCCAAGCCCGCUGAUAUUGGUGGAUUACUGCAUGCUGUCGCUGAUGGACCAUCAUAUGCAAAUGCGUCUCGGGCGGUACAGAAAGGACCUUCGUCACCCAAUCGCCUCUCUGUCCGUAAACCGGAUUCCCCUCCAAAUUCCCCACCUCUCGUCCCUACUACCAAGGGCCGCCAGUCCACAGAUGGUAGCAAAUCUCGACCCUUUUCAAGUUUGUGGAAGCAAACUACACCUCCACAGAGUAAACGACCGUCGACCGAUAGUGUACAUGUUGAACCAACUCUCACAUCUCCGAGUAGCCAUGCUCGCCAUGCUCGCCAAAAGUCUGCCACUUUGGUGGACAUAUCACCACCGCCUAGCGUAGGUGAUUCUGCAAUUGCAUCGGUUCGCCUUAAGAAUGUGCUUCCUCUUCCCGUUGCGCAGACGCAACAGGAAGAACUACCGCCGCUUUCUGCUGAUAUGGAACACCUACUCCCGAUCAUCCAAACCUUGUCCAAAAAGAAAUAUACAGAUGGUUAUAUCUACAAGAAGAAUGAACUUGGAGUGCGAGGUCGACCAUUGAGCGCAAAAGAUGAGCCAGAAAUCAAGGGUGAUGUUAAUGGAGAGUGGGGAAAGUUCUGGGCAGAACUACGUGGCACCACUCUCAAAUUGUGGCGCGUUCCCGAGCAUAUCAUUGCCUUGACUUAUAAUCCGACACCCACUGUCGAUAAAGUACUGCGUUUAGAGCUUGAUCCCGCGCCUUCUACCAUUGCUACCAUCAAGACAGCUCAACCACAUCCUGUUGUCAUUGACAUUACGGAGAGUGUCGUCGAGGUGCUCCCUCAAAACUUUCAAGUCAAGCAGGGGCCGGGCCUCGCGACUCCGCCCCCGGUGCCAUAUACGACUCUUUUCGCCCUGUCGACGGCAGGAUCAAAUCUGUUUUAUCUAGCGUCACUGUCCUCCAUUCAGUGUAAUACCUGGGUAGCGGCCAUUCGCUUGGCAGUUUUUGAGGCCGCAAAAGUCAGCGAACUGUUCACGUUGAAGAUGCUGAAACGGGCAACCUACGCAACAGCUUGGAAGGACAUUGGUGUAGUUCCAUUCCACAGUGCGACUCACAAACAUGAAAUAAAGUAUGAGGGAAUGGUUGAAGUCAAGUAUACUUAUGCCAACGAGUGGAAGCCUUUUCAUGUCGUUGUCAAGCGUAGUGGAACAGCUUCAUUGGGAAAGAAGCUUUUCGGAGGCAAGAAACGUGCAUCAUCGCUUAUCCCAAGCGACCUUGACCCAUUAAAUGGUACGAAGCGUCAAGUAGGAUUUUACGAGACAAAAGCCGAUGUGAAAAAAGGCAAACCGGUGUUUACCAUGGAUAUUGUGCGCAUGGCAUAUAUACUACAACCUGAGCCACUUGCUCUCGUGGAAAAGGGUGCUGCGUCUGUUGCGCGUUUAGAAGGGUCGUUGACUCUGUACGAUCCAGAAUCGGGAGAGCGGAUUGAGAAGCGCGAUAUGGAUGCCCCUAUGAAGGAUACUUUUGCUCUAGUUGGACCAGCAGGCUAUGCUGCCACUGCCGAUGACCCUCUCCGAGGAUUUACUAAUCAGACAGACGCCCGAGCGAGCCCAGGGUUUGUUGAUAUUCGAGGAGUGGAUUCGUCGGAAAUUGCACGAUGGCUGAUCGCUGUACUGGGCACCUUCAACCUCGAUUCGGAUCUCGCGAGACGCGAAAAGGAAAUUGCGGAAGGCGAGGUGGGAAUCGCAAAGCGUAUCAAAGGUCAAUUUUCUAAGGAUGCAUCGGACUCUGGCUCGGGAUCGGAGAGUGAUGAAUAUAGCAGCGGGACCAUGUGGGGUCUAUUAUAUCUCUCUGUCGAAGAAAUUGGGGGAUUAAACAUGCAAGGAGAAGUGUAUGCCAGUAUUAGUGUCCGGUACGCUGAAGUAUUACGAGACAAGACAAAAGCGAAAACGGACGGCUUUAUCAUUCAGUGGAACGAUGCGGUUGCAGCAGGAGAAGAAGGACGGAGAAAGUAUGAGGUCCGAGAAGUCGAGCAUAAAACUGCUGAGCUAGUGGCCUGGCUUGGUCGGAUGGUUGUUCCUUCACAGGAACAAAAGCCUGGUGAGGGCGCAUCUAGAAAGAGUAUGGUGGCCAAUAGGAAAUCCAUUUCUGCCGACCGCGUCAAGGACGCGUCGAAUGUGAACAAAGAUGCUGCUGGAACUCAAGAGUCGGAAGUCGUCACGAACGAAAUGAAUCCAGUUCAGCCUGCUGUAGUAACUGAACUGGCGGAGUCUGUUGAAAAGAUUGACCUUACGGAUGCCGAGAAGCCCGAGGAUGGUAGCGAGGAACCUGUGCAAGGUAUUAAUGGAGAAACCCCGGGAGCGGAGACCGAGGGGAAAAACGAGCCUGUGAUCCCACUUCCCGAAGGUGUGCGCUCCAUCACCGGCGCCCCUGUCGUUCAAACACCGGGGAGCGAAACCGUACCUGAAGUUCCUAGUAAAGAACUCAAUGUUGCCAACGGUGCUGAAGUACCAAAGGAGAAACCCCUUCCCAAUCAACCACAGCAGCUGCAACAGCCAGUAAUGAUGGUACCUGUUCCCGUUAUGCAGCCAAACGGCCAAUGGGCUUGGCAGUAUCAGUAUGUUGAUGCAGCCGCCUACAAUGCACAAUUUCAAGCACAGAAUCCCGCACAGCCUGGAAACACAAACGAGGAGGAUGAGGAAAGUAGCAGUACCGGCGAUGGUAGCCAAAGCGAGCAAAGUGAUGACUCAAGCGUAGUCGAAGCCAGCACAAGCAAAGCAAAUCUAGUCCCGGGCAUGAUGAUACCAGGGAUGGGUAUGCCUGGUAUGAUGAUGCCGAUGGGAAUGGGAAUGAUGCCCCCGAUGCCUGUCGCUGUUCCCCCUAUUGCCGCGAAGGAAUCGUCGGACAGCGAGGAGGAGAGCGAGAGCGAAUCCGAGGGUGAAGACACUGAGAAUAAGUCCGAGAAGACGUCAAAGCCUAAAGCGGAUGGCACCAAGAGUGAAGGCGAUGACGAAGAGAGUGAUGAAGAUAGUGAGAGUGAAAGCGAGACUGAGGGUGAGGAUGGUCAAGGCAAAGAGGGUCCUGUGAACAACGUUGGACUGAUGCCCGGUGUGAUGCCCAGUAUGAUCCCUGGCAUGAUGCCAAUGUCUGGAAUGAUACCAGGUAUGCCACCAAUGAUGAUGGGUCCCAAUGGAAUGAUCAUCGGUCCAAAUGGAAUGCCCCUUCCUAUACCUCCUGCACAACGCGAGCAGGGAAAUGACAACGCAUCUGCCAAUGGUGAAGACGAGAACGACGAAGAAGCCCAAGAUCAAGGAGAGUUUAAUCUGUACGCGCCUCAAUCUCUGCUUGCACAGCUUGACGAACGAAACAAGGCUGCACCACGUCGGCCAGGUCCUUUGAUUCAGCUUGCACCGGAUGUGCUUGAGGAGCAGGAGCAACGCUUGGCAAAAGCUGCUCACGGCGGUUCUGGCCCACCACCCGGUGCCUACAUGCAACCAUUCAUGCCCUAUCAGGACGGACCACUCUUGGGUAAAGUGGAUAAAGAGGAGCGCAAACCAAAGGUUGUGGGAGGACUACUUGCCGAAGUGGAUCGACGCGAGAAGGAAAAAGAAAUGCUGAAGAAGAUGGGCAUGUACCGACCACAAGUGGCUGGAUCAUACAUCCCGAGCUACCUUCGUGGAGGCAUGGCCGGACUGCAAAGACAAUCAAUUAUGGGACCGCCUGCUGGAAUGGGUGUGCCAAUGGGACCUAUGGGACCUAUGGGGCCGCCAAUGGGAAUGGGCAUGGGUAUGCCCCCCAUGGGUGGCUUCCCUGCUGGUGCACCACCCGGUGCGUUUGGCUUCCCGCCUGGCAUGAUGCCGCCUCCGGGGCCGUGGGGCAUGUCACCAUACGGGUAUCCGAUGAGUGAAAUGGGAGAGGUCUACGAGGACCCGGCAACGGCUAUGCAGAGAGAGGAACUGAGGCAGCAGUGGCUGGAGAGAGAGAGGGCGAAAGAGCGUCAGCGGAUGCAGGAGCGACAAGUAGAAUGGUCUGGUCCACAACCGCAAUAUUUGCCGACGAUGCGCGCUCCGGGUAUGGGACUUCAUCCACCGCCUCCGCAACAAUUUAUGUGGAAACGAGAACAAUCAUACUCUGGUUCUUCCAGUCAUUCCGACCGACGACCACAUCGAAAACGUGAUUCUGACGACGAAGAGUCGCAGAGCGGCACCGAGGAAACGAGUGACAGCGGGACUGAGGGAAGCGAGGAGGAAUUGUCCGAGGACACUGUUGACCUCCAGCGGAAAACCAAACCUCAAAAGUCAAAGCUAGAGGAGAGUGAGGGAACGGAGAGUGACAGCGACGAUGUGACCGGUGAUAGUGAGGUGAAAAAGACCAAACCCGGUCCGAAUCCAAAGGGAAAGGCGCGGAAAGUUCCAAGCGAUAGUGACCCAUCUGAUGCAUCAGAAAGCGAGAGUGAAUCUACAGAUGAUGAGCCGCUUGUUGCACGUAUGCGACCAAGGGGAGCAAGUUUUGGGAACGCACCACCUGUUGGGUACGGAUAUCCGGGGCAUGGCUACGCUGCUCCUUAUGGUGGCCCUCCACAGCAACAUUAUGGGCCACCGCAUGGGGGAUACAAUCCCGCCAUGUACCAACCUCAACAUCUUGCGCCACCGUCUGUGCAGUAUGGCCCUCCGGGCAUGUAUGCUGGGGGAGGGUACAUGUCACGAGGCAACCCGCCCAUGCGACGGAGUUUUGAAUCACCGCGCACCAAAAGUAGCGCAAAAUCAAGAGACAAAACCCGUAGCGCAAGGAAAAGCGGUAACAAGAAACCUUCGAACCGCAAGAAAAAGCAGAGUAGCAGGAGCCGCCGAAGCGAAAGUUCAAGUGCAAGUGAGAGCGUAAGUGAAAGUGAGUCGGCGUACUCUACCGAAGGAAGCGUUAGCGGAACAGAAGAAAGCGAGAGCGAACACGAACGACGAAAACCCAAAUCGUCCAAACCUCCUCCUCGCAAGAAUGAAACUGCCAAAAAUGACCGGCGGAAAGGCAAGGAAAGGCAAAAGGACAAGCGGAAAGGAAAAGCAAAAGCCAGAAAAUCUCGGAAUGAAAGUGGUAGUGACUCUGAAUCAGUGUAGUGAUUAGGGGUAUAAUGGAUACAUUCAACUUUUUGUAGAUUAGUUUUUUCUUUCUUGUGUAUGACUUUCUAUUUUAUAUUUCCUUACAUUCUGAUAGUAAUGGUUUAUGAUGCAUGUGUUUUGAUGCAACCAUAUCGUGUACCACAUUUGCUCAAUGUGACAUUGUCCUUCUCC